AUGGCACAUUAUGAUAUCCACAACAUUGUGAAUUUUCCUGCUGGAUUUCGUUUGCUGAUUAAAAUCGGGGAGUUCUCCUCUGAGAGUGCACAUGACCAAGGCUUGGUCCUCAAUGAAGAGAUGAUAGAAUGGCCUAUAGCAUUCAAGAAGACUCCUCAGUCUUUAUGUGGCCAGAGGUGUGGUCCAGGAUUCAGGAAAAUGCCACAGGAAGGAAGAGCUGUCUGCUGCUAUAUUUGUGUUAUUUGUCCAGAGAGAGACAUUUCCAAUCAUACAGCUGCAGUCCUCUGGGUCUUUGUGAAGCACCGAGACACUCCCAUCGUCAAGGCCAAUAACAGGACCCUCAGCUACAUCCUGCUCAUCACCCUCCUCCUGUGCUUCCUCUGCUCCUUACUCUUCCUUGGCCGUCCAAACACAGCCACCUGCCUUCUCCAGCAAAUAGCAUUUGGCCUUGUGUUCACAGUGGCUGUUUCCACCGUGCUGGCCAAGACCAUCACUGUGAUUCUUGCUUUCAAAGUUACAAAACCUGGAAGAACUAUCAGGCGAUUGCUGGUAUCAGGAGCUUCUAACUUCAUCAUUCCCAUCUGCUCCUUGAUCCAAGUGGCUCUCUGUGUCAUCUGGUUGGGAAUUUCUCCUCCAUUUAUUGAGUUAGAUGCACAUUCUGAGCCUGACCACAUCAUCCUGGUGUGCAAUAAGGGUUCAGUCACUGCCUUCUACUGUGUCCUGGGCUACCUGGGUUCCUUGGCCCUGGCAAGCUUCACUGUGGCUUUCCUAGCCAGGAAUCUGCCUGACACAUUCAAUGAAGCCAAGUUCCUGACCUUCAGCAUGCUGGUGUUCUGCAGUGUCUGGGUGGCCUUCCUGCCUGUCUACCACAGCACCAAGGGGAAGGUCAUGGUGGCUGUGGAGAUCUUCUCCAUCUUGGCCUCCAGUGCAGGGCUCCUGGGCUGCAUCUUCCUCCCCAAGUGCUACAUUAUUCUCAUAAAACCUGAUAAAAAUUCUUUGAAAGCUUUAAAGAACCAACACAGUUCUAGGGGAUCCUGA